ACUCGUAUUGCUGAGGCCUCAUCCUUCCAAUGGCGACUGAAAACAAGCUGAAUAGAAAGCGGGAGCAACCGUGGAGGGGGUCAGAGCAGUGUAACCGAAAUUAAAUAAAUAUAUCAUACUCUCACUAGUCAUAAAGUUAGUUUAAAAUUGUACACCCACCAAAUCACGGCCUAUUCAAUGGCCAAAAAUCGGAAUAUUUCGCUCCUUGAAUCGGAGUUGUACUACUUGAUCUCUCGUUUUCUAACAACGGGUCCAUGUCGACGAGCGGCUGAGGUUCUAGCAAGCGAACUGGAAGAAUAUCAGCUCUUACCCUGUCGGUUAGAUUGGCAAGGCAAUGAACAUCCAAGAUCAUACGAAGAUUUGGUUGCUGCCAAUAGACAUAUCGCACCGGACCAUUUGCUGCAGAUAUGUAAGCAGGUUGGACCCAUUUUGGACAAAGAGGUGCCGUCCUGUGUUCCAGGUGUACACUCACUCCUGGGAACAGGGAAACAGUCCUUACUCCGAAAAUCAAAAGCCUGUGGCGAUGUUCGGUGGAAAGGUUCAUCAUAUGCAGCCCUCCAUAGGGGCAGACCACCAGAGAGGCCUUUGAGCUGCAAAAAUCCUCCCAACCUUGUGGAGGUGCACAGAGGUAGAGAGCUGACAGGAACUCAGUGUUACAACACCAUCCACCCCGUGAGCAACUAUCAGCACAUGCGGAUGCAUAGGCGCAUUCUGGGUCAUCUGUCUGCCGUCUACUGCAUCGCUUUCGAUCGAUCUGGACUCAGGAUCUUCACCGGCUCGGAUGACUGCCUUGUGAAAAUCUGGUCGUCGUUCGACGGGCGUCUCCACUCGACCCUGCGGGGACAUUCGGCGGAGAUCACAGACCUGGCCGUCAGCUACGAGAACACGCUGAUCGCGGCGGGCAGCUGUGACAAGACCAUCCGUGUCUGGUGCCUUCGUACCUGUGCCCCCGUGGCUGUGCUACAGGGGCACAGUGGAUCCAUUACCUCCCUACAGUUUUCACCAUUUGCCAAGGGCUCCAAGAGAUACAUGCUGUCCACUGGAACUGAUGCAACAGUCUGCUUCUGGCAGUGGGAUGUCAACAACAUCAAUUUCAGUGAGCGCCCGCACAAGUUUACAGAGAGACCCAGGCCAGGAGUUCAGACUGUGUGCUCCUCAUUCAGUCCAGGGGGCAUGUUCUUAGCCACGGGGAGCACUGAUGAUGUCAUCAGAAUAUAUUACCUGGGCUGUGGAAACCCUGAAAAAAUAUCUGAGCUUGAUGCCCACACGGACAAGGUGGACAGCAUCCAAUUUUGCCACUCAGGAGAAAGGUUUGUGAGCGGAAGCAGGGACGGCACGGCGAGGGUCUGGAGGCUACACCAGCGCCAGCAGUGGCGAAGUGUCCUGCUCAACAUGGCGGCCACUCUGCCAGGUUCUGAACCAGCGUCGUCGGAGGAGAGCUUCGUCAAGCCCAAGGUGACCAUGGUGGCGUGGGAUCGCCACGACAACUCGGUCAUCACGGCGGUGAACAACUAUCUCCUCAAAGUGUGGAACUCCUACUCGGGACAGCUGCUACACAUCCUCAAAGGCCACGAGGCCGAGGUGUUUGUUCUGGAGCCCCACCCGUUCGAUCCCCGGAUCAUCCUGUCCGCUGGCCACGACGGCAACGUCUUUGUGUGGGACAUCGUCAAGGGGACCAAGACCCAGCAUUACUUCAACAUGAUUGAGGGCCAGGGCCACGGGGCCGUCUUCGACUGCAAGUUCACCCCGGACGGCCAGCGCUUCGCCUGCACCGACUCCCACGGCCAUCUGCUCAUUUUCGGCUUCGGCAGCUCCAAGCCGUACGAAAAGCUUCCAGACCAGGUGUUCUUCCACACGGACUACAGGCCCCUGAUCCGGGACUCCAACGGCUUCGUCUUGGACGAGCAGACCCAGCAGGCCCCUCACCUCAUGCCCCCGCCCUUCCUGGUGGACGUGGACGGGAACCCCCACCCCCCCAGGUACCAGCGCCUGGUCCCGGGCCGGGAGAACGUGGCCGCCCAGCACUUGGUGCCCCAGCUUGGAUACGUCGCCACAAGUGAUGGAGACGUGGUGGAGCAGGUGAUCAGCCAGCAGACGGCAGACCACGACGAGUCCGGCCGCAGCGUGCUGGACGAGGCCAUCAGGCAGCUGCGGGAGCAGCAGGACCGGCAGGGCCGCCCGGAGCCCCCUGCUCCCGGCACGCCUCGCAGAGGUAGGCUUCACCGCCCGGAGCCCCCUGCUCCCGGCACGCCUCGCAGAGCAUCUGUGAACGAGCGCGCCGACGUGCAGUCGCCCCCCAACGUGGGGCUGCGGCGCAGCGGGCAGGUGGAGGGCGUGCGGCAGAUGCACCAGAACGCCCCGCGCAGCCAGAUGGCCACGGAGCGGGACCUGCAGGCGUGGCGCCGCAGGGUGGUGGUGCCCGAGCUCACGCCCAGCGGCUACAGGAGCCAGGAAGAUUUCCGGACCGCCAAAGGAGAGGACGAGAUCGCUCUGUACAUCGCCAAGAAGCGUCGACUGACCUACGGCAGCUGCAGGGACGACUCUGACGACGAGCUGCCCUGCGUCAAGCGGCCUCCGUCCCGCAAGAAGCAGAAACCUACCCAGGGGCGAGAAUUCCUCGACGUCUCAUGCGAGGAAGGCGAAGAGACGGCCACCUCGGAGGAUAAUGAAAUGGAAGGCAGCGAACUGGAUUCCUCUAACGAGGAGGAGGAGUGGAAGAGCGACACAUCAAGCCACUCGUCGAGCGAGUACUCCGAUUGGACGGCAGACGCCGGGAUCAACCUGCAGCCUUCCACCCCUCUGUCGUCACGGAGACGGGUACGGCGCCAGAUCAGCAGCUCCGAUGAGGAAGAGGAAGAGAACGAGGAGGAGGAGGAGAAGCAGCCCAGCGACGAGGAAGAGCGUCCAGCGCAGAAGACGAGCAAGCAGAAAUCCAAAAAGCCCAAAAGCAAGAUACUCAAGCGUCCCAAAGCCCGGCCAUCGAUCAACCGAGAAGUAUCCAACGAGUUCCGUCCGUCUGCAUGGAUCACUGAUGUCAUUCCCAGAAAGUCACCCUUCGUUCCCCAGAUGGGAGACGAGGUGAUCUACUUCCGGCAGGGUCACGAGGCGUACGUGGAGGCCGUGAGCAGGACCGAGCUGUACCCCAUCAACCUGGACAAGCAGCCCUGGAGGAAGAUGGAGCUGAGGGACCAAGAGUUUGUGAAGAUAACUGGGAUCAAGUACGAGGUGUGUCCUCCGACUCUGUGCUGUCUCAAGCUGACCCUCAUCGACCACGGCACCGGCAAGAUCACAGACAAGUCGUUCUAUGUCAAGUAUCAUGACAUGCCAGACGUGAUCGAUUUCCUCGUGCUGCGGCAGAGCUACGACGAAGCACGCAGUCGGGUCUGGCAACCGAAUGACAGAUUCCGGUCGGUUAUCGACGAUGCCUGGUGGUUUGGGACCAUAGUAUGUCAGGAGCCCUAUCAGGCAGAGUACCCUGACAGCCACUUUCAGUGCUUCAAAGUCCGAUGGGACAAUGGGGAAACGGAGAAACUGAGUCCUUGGGAUAUAGAAGCUAUUCCAGAGGAUGCCCAGCAGCCAGACUCGGUGGGGGGCGGAGUCCCGGUGACUGCAGAGGAGAUGAGGGAGGUGAUGUAUAAGCCCCAGGCCGGGGAGUGGGGCGACAGGAGCCGAGACGACGAGUGCGAGCGCAUCAUAGCUGCCCUAGACCAGCUCAUCACCGUGGACAUCGUAGCUCCGUUUUCUGGUCCCGUGGACACGGUCCAGUACCCGACCUACUGCACGGUGAUCGCCUACCCCACAGACCUGGGAACGAUCCGAUUGAGACUGAUCAACAGGUUUUACAGGCGCCUGUCAGCGCUGAUCUGGGACGCGAGAUACAUCGUGCACAACGCCCGCAUCUUCAACGAGCCCCGGAGCAAGAUAGCGCACUCCGCCAAGCUCAUCACGGACGUCCUCCUGAAGUUUGUCAAUAAACCUAGCUGCACCGACGUGAUGGAGAUCUACAUGGGCAUUGAGGAGAUGGACUACACGGACGAUGAGGACCUGGACGAUGUGGAGGCCCCCGGCACCUCUUCAGGAUCCAGACUGCGCCAGAACUCUGUGGAGGCCGUGCCUGACAGAGAUGCCUGGAAGGGAAUGUGCAAGCGCCUGCUCAACUACAUCUUCGAGUGUGAGGACUCUGAGCCCUUCCGAAAGCCUGUGGACCCUACCUCAUACCCAGACUACCUAGACAUCAUCGACACGCCCAUGGACUUUGGCACGGUGAAGGGGAACCUGGAUGAGGACCGCUACGAAAACCCCAUCGAAGUCUGUAAAGACACCAGGCUGAUUUUUGUCAACGCUAAGGCCUACACGCCGAACAAGCGGUCUAAGAUUUACAGCAUGACCUUGCGUCUCUCCGCCUUUUUCGAAGAGCGAAUCAGAACAAUCAUAUCUCAGUACAAAACUGCCGUCAAGAGCAGCGAGAAGCUCCGUCGCAGCCAGAGGUUCCGGAAGAAGCACCAGGAGCCCGCUGCGGCCAGCGUCACUACCAUGAGUCAAAAGAGGGCUGCACCAAAAACUCAGGAAAAAGUGGAGACGUCAUCGACGACCAAAUCUACCUCAGCCAAAGUGUCUGCUCCUGAGAGAGCCAAGAGGAGGAGCCACAGCAGCAGCUCGGGCCACACCUCCGACGACGACUCCUCAGGGUCCAAAGCUGCUUCCUCCACUCCCGACUCUGACAGCGAAAGUGAGUUGACUAUGAGUUAUUCCGAUGACGAAGAGCACACCUCGCGGCACCAUCGGAGUCGAGAGGCCAAGGGCAAAGGUCGAGUCGCCCAGAAGCCAGGGAAAAAGAAGAGGAGAAAAGCUGCUGACAGCGAGAGUGAGGAGGAGUUGUCUUCCAGCGAGGGGGAGGAGAGUGAGGGCAGGGGCAAGUCCUCCAGCGCCUCAUCCCGCCGCUACCCCAGCAGGACCAAAGGCAGGUGCACGAAGCUUACCCGGAACUGCACCGCCGACAGGAAACGGCCAGAGAGCAGGGCCCAGAUGAAUGGCCACGGCAGAUCGUCUCGCCGGGAGAGACGUCGUCAUAGUGACUCGGAGAGAACCCCGUCCCAGGUCUCAGACAUGUACAUGGAGCAGGAGGAGGAGGAGGACGUUGGCCGCAGGACCAUGACCAGGAAGACUGCCAGGGCAGCUGUCAGCAAGAUGAAGCUCUUGGAGGCUUCCGAUGAAGACGAGGAGGAGGAAGAGCCCAAGAGGAGCAGCGGCCGCCCCGCCACCAGGGUCGGCAAGCGCACCGCCGUGAUCCAGAGCAGCUCCGAGUCAGAGGAGCAGCCAUCGAGACGGGGCUCUAAGAAAGGCAAGGAGUCGUCAGGUGAGUCAGAGGACAGCAUUGAGAGUGACGACGCCACCUCGCGGUGUCAACAGAACGGAGGCAGCAAGAGCUACAAGUCCGGUGUCCGACGGACGAGGCUGGCUGUAGUGUUGGAGGAAAAAGAUGGUCCAUCACAGGUGAAUGGACACAAAGCAACACCUCAGAGGUCUGCCAGUGACUCCGAAAAGGACAAAGCUGCAAAGGAGAAUUCCGAUAGUGAAGAGGAGGAGGAGGAGGAUGAUGAUGAGGAGGAGGAAAAAGAAGAGGAAGAGGUGGUCGUACCUCAGACGUCCUCGAGGAACGUGGCGACCGUUUCCUUCACCAGCGAUAUGGAGGAAGAGGAGACCAGUGCCAGGGAGCACAACAAAGCUCCGGCAAAUUCCGACGAAGAGGACCACGAUCGCAACGCCCAGAAGCAUCCUCAUCGAAAUGGGAGGAAGGUGGAGAAACAUCAUCUUAAAGACUCUGAGAAAAAGAGUCAAACACCAUCGAAAAGCCAAGAACAAACAUCUGCCUCAACAAACACAGCAGUGCGGGGCGAACACGAAGAAUUCAGUGACGCUCCAAAAAGAUCGGGCAGACUCAAGAAACACAUGAAAUAUAAAGAGGAGGAGGAGGAAGAUGAUGAAGCAGAUAGCAAUCUCUCAGACGAGGAAUCUGAGGUCAAAUACAAGAGGAAGCACCCAUCGCAAAACAAGAGCAAACUAAAAAGGCCAAGACACAACUCGACCUCCUCCGCCUCAGAAACGUCCGGCAAGGAAGAAUUGUCCAGUAAGAGAGCAAGAAGGAAACAGUCUGCCGGCUCGUCAGACGAUGACUUUAGCAAGAAAGAAACGUCCUUCCCCAGCAGACGGCCUUGUCUCAGAGCCCUUCCCAAGAAGAAAUACAUCAGCGAAGACUCUGAAGACGAUUCGGACGGCCGUAGGAACAAAAAGGAGAGUUCCUCUCCCAUUAAAGACAAGCCUCAGCGUGAUUCCACGAGAGUAUCUCCGGCAGAAGCAAAGCGUCAGUCGUCUUCCAAGAGAAAGCGCAUCUACACCUCAGACUCCUCAGACAGCGCAGACGAGGAAAAGCCACCUGUCCCCGAGGCUGAGAGCGACUGCGAAGCGAAGGAAGAGAGGGAGACGAAAAGGUCCAGGCCCAAAAGACCCAAGAGGGAGCUUCAGAUCAAGUGCGAACCAGAGGGGAAGAACCGUCAGGAAGACGUGUCCUCAGGUCAAGGGUCAGACGACGAGGAAGCGAUCAAGCGUCAGAAGGACGGGAGAAGGCCGCGGCGAGGGGAACGCAAGCGAAAGGAAAGCUACAGCAGUAGCAGCGACCACAGUUUGGCAUCGGACCACGAGGAAUCCGCUUCGGCCUCCGAGAAGUCAUCCUCCAGCUCAAGAUCCUACUGCAGUCCAAAGAGAAGAGGUCACAAGAAGGGGCCAAGGGUCAGCGAAAGGGCCGCCGCUCGCCAGCCGAGACAGCAGCGAAAAGCUGCCUCGGAGGAGGACAGCGAGGACUCGUACGCGAAGCCCCAGCGAGGAGCACGCGUCAGGACCAGAAACCGUGGCAAACGGACAGUGACAUAUCAUGACAGUGAAUGAAGGACUUGAAAUGUGGCGGGGGGGGGUGUAUGGUCAGAAGAGACACUAACUGGAGCGCUUGAUGACACUUGAUCACCACAUUAUGGUAGUAGCACUGGAGUCCUCUUGAGAAAAUGCUGUGAAUGUUUCAUUCAGGGAUAUUUAUAUUUUCUAUGAAAAAAGGAGAGAGAAAACCCACACGUUUAUAAUGUAAUAUGAAUUUAAGCAUUUGAACUGCUGGGUUUCACAGGAUAUAGAACAAACCACCUCCCAUACUGCUUUUGUGAUUUGGCCAGCUGAGUAACCAGUCUGAGGAGCUUCAUCAGCUUGGGUGCUAUCUCAAAAUACCUCGGUUUAAUCAAGCAUAUUUUGCUGGCUUGCACUAAGAUACACUGUAAUGAGGUAUUUCAUACACUAGUUUUGCAUUAGAAACUCAGGGGUCAACUAAGUUUACUGUAGUCUCAGACAUGCAGUUGUUUUUGCAAUGUCAAGAGCUAGAGUAGGGACAGGAAACAUUUCUAGGAUGGCAGUUUCAGUCCAAGCACACUCACUGGGACAAAACAAAUCAACUUCACCCUUCCUAACGUCAACACUCCUUUGUAAAUCCACAUCAAUAUUUUGUGACUGUAUUGUGAGCUGUUGAUAUGAGCCAAAAUGUACAAAUAGGAAUUCACAUUUCCCCAUUUCUUUUGAUAAUUUUUCAUAGGAUUUUGUUUCUGUUCUUUUUCUCUUUUGUGUUGUGUAUUUUCUGGUCAAAUAGGAUGUAAAUAUGUGAUUGAUAAUGGUGUCUUUUGAAAGGAUUUUGAGGGUCAUUCUGUAGCAAAGCUUUGCUUAUUUAAAUUUGAGCAUUAAUUUUCCUUUUUUAUGACAUUAAAAUGCAUCGUCUUGCCAUGUGUCACAAAUUGGUACCUUUUUGCCAAGUACAAGAAACCAAAAAGUACUUAUAGCAAAAUGCUGUGAUUUCUCAUAUUGGGAAGACAUUUUAGUGCAGUUAUGUGUUAUGUACUCUCAGUAUUAAAUUACUUUCCAGUUAACUUAAAGUUUUUGCCAGUCACAUAAUUUAGUCCUGUUUGCUUGGGGUGAGGGGGGUCUUGAAUUAGGCCCACAGUUGCAUUAUGACCUUUUGCUUAAUAUUUUUCAUACACUUUAAUAAACAGAUUUCACAGAAAAAAAAUUACACAAUAUGGUGACGGAGUGCAGAAGAGCUUAUUCUUCAUGUUAAUAAAGACAUCAAUUAAAGUUUUUCUUUGUCAGUUGUGUGUGUGUGUCUGAU